AUGGAUCUGCGGGACGCGCCUCCGCUGGAGGACGAGGGCGACGCCUCCAGCGGCGCGCCCGACGCCGCCUUGGGAGGCGAAGAGGCGCCGGUCGAGGAGACAGGGGGCGAGGAGACAGUUGGGCUCAACGGCGACGGGCUGGAGGGCGCCCAGCCGCACGAUGGCGCGGACGGAGACAGCGCCUGUCUCGAGGGCGAAGGCGGCGGGACCGAGCAGGGCGGCGCGCAGGGGGGAGCCGAGUCGCGCGGGGCAUGGGCGCACAUGUUCAGGCAGGGACGCGGAGGCCUCGACCGGCGGCGCAGAGGGCACGCGCCGUCUCACCCGUACGCGUCUCCGCACCGCGCCCGCGGCGACGGCGAGGCGUUUCCGCAGCGGCGCCACGACCGAAAUCUGCCGCCGUGGGGACAUCAGCAAGGCCGCCGAGGCUUACGCCGGCGCGAAGAGGAGGCGCCUCAGCUCUCGACGCAGGAGAAGCGCUGGAUGUGCCUCCGCGCGCUCUUCGUGACCAUUGGCGACGAGCUCUCCCUCAUUCCGCAGCAGAUCCAGAAACUUGCUCGCGAGGCCGAGAACGUCAUCGUCCAGGCCCGCGAAGAGGCCAAUCGCGCCGAAGAGGAACGCCGGCGCAAACUCCGACAGGCUCAGGGCGAGGGCGAGGACGCGGCAAAGGGCGCCGCCGGCGCGAGCGAGCCCGACGAGGUGAUGGCGGUCGACAUCAAGGAGAUGGAGCCCAGCGCACAGGAAAAGAAAGAUGAAGACCUCGAUACUUUGCUCGUCACCCUUAUCGUGGACUGCGCCAGUCAACUCCCUCUCAAAGUCGGCAUUUACGCGUGCCUCGUCGGGCUGUGGUACAAGAAGAGUCGCCUGCGGCCGCUCUGCGCGCGUAUUGUGGAGCAAAGCUUCAUCCGCUUCGAAGAGGCUAUCAAGCAAGGCAACUUCUCAGAUGCAAAGCUGCUUCUCCGCUUUCUUCUCGCGCUCAGUGGCAGCUUCGUCGUUGCUCCAGAGAGCGUGUUCGACUUGAUGAAGGCUCUGCUUUCGAUGAGUGCGGAGCUUGCGCCGAGUGCGACAACAGACCAGAUUCUUCUUGUUGUUUUGGCUGCGCUUCCGUGGCUGAGCGCGCGGUCGUGGGAGACGCUGCAGGGCUCCGUAGGCGAAGUGCUCGCCCUCGCGCAGCAGAUUGGCGCCUCGUCGCCUUCGGCUGAAGUUCUUCUGCUCCAGCAAGCGACUUCGCCCAUUCGCGCGGCCGCAGGAGGCGCGCUCGGGGGCGAGGAAGGCAGCCCAAUUCUCGUCUCGCUGGGCCUCGACAAGUCGCGUCUCAGCUCGCUCUUUGAGGCGAUCGCGAGCAUGAUUCAGAGUCUGUUGAGCGCGAAGCCGCGUGGUGGAGUACAGCUGUGGGGUGGCCUUCUGUUUUUCGGUGCGCAGGAGUCUUGGAAAUCGAAGGCGACGCUGCGGUUUUACCAGUCACCUGAGCUGUUUCCGCUGCUCAAACCGGUGAACGACGCAGCCGCGCGCGUCCCGCUCUGCGUCGCGCCGACGCUCUCCCUCUCGGUUGACGACCUGCGUAGCGUCAAGGCCUUCCCAGUCGAGCGCAGCAUUCGCCUGCCGGUCUCCAUCGAAAAAGUUGAUAUUCCGCUCUCCCUCCAUGACAGAUGGAUCCUCGAAGAUCACUUCUCCACGAUUCUUCGCAACUUCCGCGACAACGUCACCCUGUGCGCAGAGGCCCUCCUGCGCGUGCCCGUCGAUCAUGAGCAGUUCGAAUUCGUUCUCGUUGAGUGCCUCUUUAGCGCGAUGCUGCGUCUGCCGCAUGCACCGUCGCCUGGCGACGUGUCUGAGACGCCGUUCUUCAUCACGCGCGUGCUGCAUCGCGUAUGUCAAAUGCAAAACUUGCUCGUCGGCGUCACAGAGGCAGGGCUGACCUCGCUGCUGAAGCACGCAGCCCACUUUGACUUCCAGGCGCUGCGGGUCCUCGCGGAUUUUUUCGCGUACUGGCUGAACGUCUGGGAAGGGCGGAUGAGUCUCCUCGAGGAGUGGCUCGGUCUGUCGAUUCCACCGGCGUACCUCAAGGUGUUCGUCCAGCAUGCCUUCGAGAAAGCCUUCCGCUUCCGCUACCGACCGCACUUGCUCGAGCUUCUACCGGAGUGUGUGCUGCCCUACACGCCUCCCGACGCGGUCCCCUCGUGUCCGUACACAGCAGAGGCGCCGCAGCAGAGCCUCGCGUUUCCCGGCGCGCCGCCUCCGCCGGUUGGUUUGAUGACGCUGACCUCUUAUGCAGGGCACAUUGAGUUCUCCGAGGUUCAGAAGUUGUUGCUCUUCAGCUUCAAGAAGCGCGAAGGCGGCAUCCCUCCGCCGCCCGAGAGCGACAUCAGGGCGCGGCGCAUGCAGAGCGAGGAUGAGACGGGCGCGGGGGGGAGUGACCAGCCUGCGCAGGAAGAGGGGAUGGAGGCGGAGGCCGACGCAGAGACGCGCGAGCGAAGCGAGAGGGAUGCAGAAGAACAGAAGCGCGAUCUGAUGCGCUACGAGUUGGCGCGGCUUCUUCGGGGACGCCUUCACCGCAAGACAUGGAAGAGACGUCCGGGCUUUUCCCACGAUGGCGAGCGCCCAGGAGUCUUCCCACCCCCUCCCCAGCCUUCCUCGCCUUCGAAGAAGCGCAGCGGAGAGGAGGACGAGCCCCGCGAUGACGCCGAGGAGGAGCCUCGCGAAGAAGGCGACGACGCGCGGACGCCUUACGAAGACGACGAGGCUGAAGGUCACGUCUGGUCGCUAACGGAUCUCGCCCAAGUUCUCGUCUUUGCGCUGCUCACGCGCGGCCUCAAGACGCUCACGCACUCAGAGAGACUCGUCGCAAACUACUUCCCCGUCUUCGAGUUCCUCAAGCGCGGCGCGACGAAGAAGGCGCUGCGGGCGAUGCAGCCGCCAGACUUCGAGACACAGAACGCGCAGCGCCCGGGAGAGGUUGACGACGAGAGCGACGUCGAACUCGAAGACGAAGAGGAGCGUGGAGACGAGGCAGAGAUGAGCAAGGCAGAGCGCCGCUCGCAGGAAGUCGAGGAAGCUUUCCUCAAAGCUAUCUUCGACUUCUGGAAGAACUCCCGGCAAAAAACGGUGCUGACGGUACGUCACUUUGAGCGCUACGGCGUGGUUUCGAAGGAAGGCACCGUUCGCUUCGUCUUCGACUCCCUUUCGGCGACCGAGCGAGACGACAGCCGCAUCAUGGAGCUCUUCGAUCUUCUCCUUCAGCUUAGCAUCGAAGGCUUCGAACUCAAGAAGGAAAAGGCACUCGCGCUUGUGCAGACACGCGGAAGCGCAGACGAGGAAGACGAGCAGAAACGCGAAGAGAGACAGGCCGCUGUGGCUGCUGCAGCUGAGGCCGCCGGCGCAGUCCAGACUCUCCUCCAUUUCAUUUUGAUUGGCUUCAUGCGGGAGCUGCUGCGGGAGGAGCACGCGCCUCGACGCAUCGCCUUGGAGGCGAGACUCGUCUAUCUCGCGCGCGACUACGCUCGCUUCGUUGAUCUUCCGCGGCUUCAGGAGCAGAUCGGCGACUCUAUGACUGACGACCUCCAUCAGCUGCUCGCCUUGAGCAAACAAGUGCAGACGCAAUUUUUCUUUUUGGACCGCGAGCCCGGUGGGCUUCUGGGGCCUCUCGCCGCAGAACUGGACGACGACCGCGAUGGCCUGCAUGCAGAGGAGGCGGAGGUUGGCGAGUAG